UUGAGUUUGAAGAGGCGGUGUGCUUUUUUUCUCCCCGCAGGCUACUGAAACGGUUAAAAGUGCAUCGUGAUAUACCAUCCACCAUAGUACGUUUGGGGCUCACGGACACUGCCACCACACACUUCAUUGUGGUUUUAUCAGCUCCAGCUUGAUAAGAACACUGCCAGUGUCGUAGAUUUAGCCUAUGUGGAGAGUAAAGGUCGCGCCGGAAGCUGAUAUACUGGGUGCCAACAAGGACACACAACGGGAUCACUGUGGAACACAAUCGGUAGCUGUAUAGAAGUCGUACCUUGACCCAUCAUGAAUUUCUUCCUGGAAACGAUCCAAGUCAUCCUUCUGUCCAUCUGGUACAAUGUGGAAGCUUUCUUGCACCUCUUUGUGCCAAUGAAGAAGAAGAACAUAGCUGGGGAGGUGGUGCUAAUCACAGGAGCAGGUAGUGGGAUCGGUCGCCUCAUGGCUCAGGAGUUUGCAGCUCUUGGCACAGUGCUAGUGUUGUGGGAUAUUAACCAGGAGGGGAUGAAGGAAACAGCUAGACUGGCCAAACAAAGCGGAGCCAGCAGAGUCCACUACUAUCUGUGUGAUUGCAGCGACAAGAAUGAGGUUUACAGAGUGGCUGACCAGGUGAAGAGAGAAGUAGGGGACGUCGACAUUCUGGUAAACAACGCUGGCAUUGUGACUGGAAAGAAGUUCAUGGAUGCUCCCGAUUCCCUUAUGGAGAAGACCUUGGAGGUCAACUCUAUGGCUCACUUCUGGACCUACAAGGCCUUCCUUCCUGCCAUGAUUGCCAACAAUCAUGGCCAUCUUGUAAGCAUUGCCAGCACUGCUGGACUCAUAGCAGUCAAUGGAUUGGCAGAUUAUUGUGCCAGUAAGUUUGCAGCUGUAGGUUUUGCAGAGUCAGUGGGUCUGGAGCUGCUGGCAACUGGUAAAGAUGGAGUGAAGACCACCAUUGUGUGCCCCUAUUUUAUCAACACUGGAAUGUUCGAUGGAUGUCAAACCAAGUGGCCAACACUGCUUCCAAUCCUGAAUCCAGACUACGUAGCCAAGAAGAUCAUCCAUGCUGUACUCACUGACCAGGUCUUCCUGCUGCUGCCGAAGAGCAUGUACCUCAUAGCUGCUCUAAAGAACAUCCUUCCCAUGAAGCAAGGCAUUCUGCUGGGCCAGUACCUGGGAGCCUUUAGCCUCAUGGACACAUUCAGGGGGCACUCCAAGAAACAGGAGUAAGAGACGGAGAGGACAAUCUGAAGUGAAGGAUGACUGGAAUGGACAAGUAUUAAAUCCAUCCACAUCAGCUUUUAUUUUGAUGUUAAUCUUAAUAUUAAUUUCAAUAUGGUGGUAUGAUACUUACAGAGCAGAGCAGAAUGGGUUUCAACACCUUAAUACAUCCCUAAUUUUAGUGGUUUAUACUUCAAUUUCUCUCUGUAUAAUGUCUGCAUGUGUAAGCUGUAAUUGAAGAAUUUAUAUCCAUGGUGACCUUGUUUUUGAAUUACAUUAUCAUGAGUGAAACAUGUUAUUGAUAAUAAUUUGUAAUUUAUUACAAAAAUAUGUUUUAAUAAUCAAUAGUAGCACCACUUACGGAUUUUAAUGAUGGUAUAAUAAAUGUACACUACUGGUCAUGAAGGAUGCUUAAUUUCAGACAGCCAGUGCUCUUGCAUUUUAAUGAUUCCUGACAUUCCCUAGUUCAAUUUGAAUAUUUGCAAUAAUUAUUGUAAUAAUAACUUCAUGCUUUGUGGUGUGUAAGAAAUAUUAAACAUCAAUAAACCAAAGAAGCUCACUGAA